AUGGUCUAUCUGCGCAAUCACCAGCCCGCACCAUCACGACCUUUCGCCGUACACCGGCUCUGUCCUCGCAUCCCGCUGCCCACUGCUGCUUGCGCUCAACACGUCGACAUCCGCUCGAGAAUCAAGGAUGCGGACACGUAUUUCGCGAGCGCAAUGCCCACGCUCGACUCGCACCGUCGACAGAAUGCGCUACACCGCCUCUCUGUCUGCUAUGCUGCUUCUUUUGUCAAACGACGUUCCUCGACAUACGACGAAAACAUUGCUUCUCUCGAUGCGACAAGAUGCUCCUGA